UGAGGGGAAUGUGAGAAUUCGUAACAACAGAAAACAGAAAAUGAAAGCAAGCAACUGGCAAGUGUCGUGAUUUUAGCCGAAAAAUUCGUUAUUGUGACCAUCGUUCAGCAAAAAAUUGAAGAAUUUCGAGUACUUUGUUACUCUUGCGUGCCUGUUUUAAUAAAGUGAAUAUUUGUGUUACAAUGAACUAAGCUAAGUUGUUGCUACUUGCUUGCUGUAUGUGUAAGAAACAUCGAGCGUGCGAAAGAAAUUAGGAAAGGACUGUGAUUUCACUCAUCCUAUGAGAUACUGCUUUGGUGAAAAUUUUAGUAUACAUCAACAUGAGUGACGAACUCGUACCUGCAGUGGAAGAAGAAUUUAUCGUUGAGAAAAUUCUUGACAAAAGAACGGAGCCGGACGGUAGUGUGAGGUAUUUAUUAAAAUGGAAGGGCUAUGGCGACGAGGACAAUACGUGGGAACCGCCGGAGAAUAUGGACUGCGAGGACCUUCUUGAAGAAUUCGAAAAAAAACUAUCCAAACCAAAAAAAAGAAGAAAACGAAUCAUUGAGCCUGAUGACGACGGUGAUUCUAGAAGACAAUCUAAUGAGAGUGAAUCAUCGAUAGGUUCCAAUACCAUCGCUCAUCAAAGGAAACCGAAAAAGUCUCAUGGUUCGGAAUCACGUAAAUCUUCCACCGUUAGUAAUAAUUGUUCGUCGAAUGUUAAAGUAAGCGAUUUUGAUCGGUGUGUACCCUCUGAGAUUCUUGGUGUCACUAAAGUUGGCGGAUCGUUGAAAUUUUUAAUGAAAUGGGAAGGUAUAGAAAGAGCUACUUUUGUACUCGCUAAAGAAGCUAAUAUUGUUUGUCCACAACUGGUCAUUGACUACUACGAAUCAAGACUUCAGUUGUUUGACCCCAAAAUGAGGUAAACGCGAAAUAGUUGACGAUACUUCUAAUUUCUUACGAUAUGUGUACUAGACUGUUCUUUUGUUGCCAUUGUAUAUUAUUUUAGUUUUAAUUUGAGAGUGAUUCGAGUAAACUGAAAUGGCAGUUCAUUGUUUCGUUACGUUUCUAAUAUGUUAAUUGUUCCAAGAUGUUUUUAUAUUUUAAAAAUCUUUAAAUUUGAGCCAAGAGAUCUUUGUAUUAUCGUAUAUAUUGGUUUUUCGUUCCUUCAUUUUUUUCUUUUGACUAGCCCUCGACUCAGCGAGGAAUAAAAUCAAUACAAAGUAAAUUAUAUUGUAUUACUUCGUGUUAGAUUUUAUUUAGCUUAAGUAUAUUCUUAUGAUUCAUCGUUUUAAGUCUUACCAUUCUGCAUUCAUUCUGCAUGAAUGUAUUCUUUAUUCCAUUGUCAAGAUUUCAGGAGUAUUUAUUUUAAAUUAUCAAAUAUGAUUUGCAUUUUUGAGCAGAGUGAGAACAGUGAUCGUCGAUGAUGAAUUUGACAUAAUUUUCAGAUUGGAAAUGUUUUUCUUUUUGAAAAAUAAUUGUAAAAAUAAUUUAUUGUUCGGUCAGUCGGUCACUUUCUCAUUUUAAAAUAUUUUAAAUACUGACUUGUGAGUAAAAAUUACUUUUCGAGCAAUAUAUGAAAUGAAUUCUCUUGUUAUGGUUACAGUAACUAUUCAGUUUUUGUUUUUAUUUUAUUUUUUUGUUCUAUCAAUGAAGAAGCAAAAAAAAAGUCUUUGAACUUUAAGUAUAGAAUCUUCCUCGUACGUAAUUAUCAAGUUUUUUACGCUUAUGCAUGACAUUAUGAUUAUUUUGUCUUUUGUCCUUGUUCGAUUAAAAUUUUUUUGAAGUA